AUGCUCGUCCGAAUCGUGCUUCUGAUCGCCGUCGUCGUCGGAAACGUCUUCUGCCAGGCCCUCAGAAGUCAGGACGCCUACUUGACAGAUGAAGUCGAAGCGCCUUUGACGGUAGGAGGGAUUUUCUUGAUCUUGAUUUUUUUGCGCGAAUAUUCUUGAAUGGGUGCAGUUCAUUCACAGUUAGUUUAGUUCCAAGCUUAAAAAUUCUUCCAAGCCGUCUGUCUUCACAUGGGAAGUCAUUUUACUUUUCGGCUAGAAAUUCCCUGAAAAUCCGCCAGAACACUCCUUGACGUACUAGAAGAAGAAUCUGAAAGUCUUAACCUGCAAAACUUCCUAGUUUUCCAGAAAUAAGGGCUCAAAGCCUCAAAAAACCUGCUUUUUAGGGUUUUCUUUGACUUUGAGGCGUCUUUUCUCGAAAACUGGGAAGUUGUGCUAGUUGACACUUUCAGGACCCUCUUUUGGUUUUUUAAGAAAAGUUCGGGCCAAAUUUUAGGAAAUUCCUAACCGCAAAGGAAAAAGACCUUGACGAUUUUCGGUUCUAAAAGUUCAAAAAUUCAUAUUUUUUUCAAAAGUCAAGGGUUUCCGACCAUUUGGGUACCAUUAGAAAGAGAAAAAAAGUCGUUUAUCCAUAAUUAUGAACUCUUUUGAAUCAAUAUACCUUGUGAAGAAGUUUUAUCAAAAAUAGUUUGAGAAGUCUUAAAUGAACCAGGUUAUAAAACUCACCAUUCUGGUCAAUUGAGGAUUUUUUUCGAUAAGUACCAAUUUAAAAAUAUAUGGAUCCUGAGGUUACAUUUCUGACAACAGGGAAAAUAUGAGGUCGUUAAGUCCAUUUCUGACAUUUUUUUCGAGUUUUGAAUAUUUUUGUGAAGUUUGUCCCUUUUUUUGAAGUUUUGGUCGAAGAUAACUCUUAAUUUUUUGAUGAAUAUUCUUGGAAAAGUAUAAUUUACUCUAAUAGUUCUUCUCAAACCAGAGUCCAAUGUUGACAAGUUUGACUCAUAUCGAAAUUACAGCCUUGUAACUUGAUCCGACGAGAAAAAUGAGCGCAAACUUAAAUUUAAAACGAGAUUUUUUUGGGAUUUUUUUCAGCAAAACGUCACAAGAUUUUUUUAGUAAUUUUUUAUAUUUUUGAAUGCCUUUUUUUCUCAUAUAUUUUUAAAAAAAUUAAAUCAGAUUGUCAACUUUUUCUUCUAUUAAAUUUUCAACAGUUCUCACUUCUAAUUUUUCCCCUUUACGUUGAAAUGAAGUAAUUAAGCUUUAAAUUUAAUUUUGUUGCAAUAAUUAUUAUUUUUUUAUAAGUUUUUUUCCAUUUAAUGGAACAGAUUUCUGUAGGAAUCUUCUUUUUGAAACUUGGUGCUUUUCCAAAAAAUUUGAAUUUUCUCGAAUUAUUCUGCAAAAUAAUUUGAACUCUUCUUUCUCUUGCUUAUAAGCUUCCUAUUUCUAAUUGAAUAUAUCGAAAUCCCCAAUAAGGAAGCUAAAAUUUCUCCCUUCAAGGCUAAAUUACAAGGGAGCGGAUUAAUUAAUUGACGCGUUAAAUCAAGAAAGUAAUUUCCGCUUUUUUUAUUUUAUUGUUCAGUUUGGCUUGAAAUUGAAUAUUUUUUUCACUUGCUUUUUAGUACAAGUAGGAAUGAAAUUGAAAAACACAUAAAAAGGAUGGAAUUUGUGCGUAAUUACAUGUUUUUGCAUUUGUAAAACUAGCCGAGUGAUGAAAAAGCAAGAAUAUCAACUUUUUUUCCAUAAUUCCUAAAGGUUAUGGGAAGUUACAAAAACAGCAAAAAGGAAUCUUCCCAUGCCGGGAAUCGAACCCGGGCCGCGUGGGUGAAAACCACGAAUCCUAACCACUAGACCACAUGGGAUCUGGCGGUGUGCGGUGACUUGGCGCGCUAAGUUCCGUCGUGAUUUUGGACGUUGUAAACUGUGAAGUCCCGAAAAAAGAGACAAUUUCGAAUGAGAAUGUAUUUUGAGCUCAAUAUGAUUUUUAUUUAUUAUUUUUCAUCAUUUUCAGGCGAUGAAACGCUUUUAUUCUUGGGAAGACGGUCGACGCGCUGACGAUGACGGCUCUCGUCUCAAGAGAAAACAGUGGGUUUUUAAUUAAUUUUUUUAAUUGAUAUUAUCAAUUCAAAAAAAUUUAUUAGGCAUCCUUAAAAAUUAUAUAAAUAAAGGAAAGAAGUUCGGUCAGUAGACUUUGAAAAUUUCUCCACCUGUACUUCUAUCUUUGAUGUAUUUUUAUUGAUGUAUCAUAAUUUUUUUCCUUAAUCUGGAAUAAGAUAAAUUUUUCAAAAUUCAUUUUAAGUGAAGAUACUUCUGUUUCUUAUUGAAAAAGAAAAAUUGAAUUUGUUUUUAAAGCCAGGAUUUUUUUCUUCAACAACUUUUUUUAAAAAUACUUUUUUUACAUACUUUAUUGAUUAAAAUUUAUCAGUCAUGUUGGAAUUUGAAAUAUUUUUGAAGCGUCGCGGUUGCGAUGCGGUCAAUGUGACAAUUUGUAGCUUUUUGAAGUUAAUUUCGAUGUUUUUUUUUUGAAUCAUCCGCUUCGCAGCCGUCUUGCGUUGAGCCAGUAUGCGACAAUAGUUUUCAAAUUUGGAAGGAAAAAUUAAUUUUUUGAAGAAAUAUUUUUUAAAUGAUAGACUUCUGGUUUGGAAGCUCCUCCAUAUACAAAAAAAACUUUAAGGAUAGUUCUGAUUUUCUGAUUUUAUUCAUUUUUCGUCUGAUUUUUCGACUCUUUCUUCUCCCUCAUGUUUUUUUUCUUAAGGCUUUAAAAAGCUUCACUCAAAAGCCUUUCUAUUAAUUUAGACUCUUUAACAAAACUAAUCGAAUAAGUCCCAGGUUCUACGCUUGGGCCGGCAAGCGAUCGGCUCCCGAAGACGACGUUUUGAGCAGCUCGGGCCAAAUCAACAAGCGGAAGCAGUUUUACGCUUGGGCCGGUCGAUAA